AUGCCUGAGCCCACGGACCGAAAGGAAUGCAAUCUGUUCCGCUUCGGAAAUGGUCAUGAAGAGGUCUCAGAGCGUGUCGUGUCCAUGCCGAUUUCCAUCAACGGCCAAAAGGGUCGAAUUGAUGCUGCUGUGAUCAAAGGAUCAGCCCCAUUGUUACUCAGUAGGAACACCAUGAAGAGCCUGAAUGCAGUGCUGGACUUUUCAGCCGAGACCCUGUCUCUUGGAGGUGGCCCUCCGAAACCUCUCCAGGUGAACUCCGCAGGUCAGUACGUCAUUGAUGUUCUGAACACUGAGUCUGAGGUGCUGAUGACCGAGAAGGUGCCAUCCGAUGAAAAGAAGCAUGUCUUGUCUCGCAAUCAAAAGCGAAAUUUGAUGUCUCAACACCAGGAACCGAGUGAAGAAUCCCUGGCUCUGAGCGUCGCCGAAUGCUGUGCUGUCGUGUCAAAUGCAAAUGCAUCUUCUGAUGAACCCGAAAAUCAGGAACAGGAACGGAUGCUUGCUCAAACUGAUGGUAGGGAGCUCCUAGGAAUUGAUGCAUUGGUGAACACAGAUCAGAAAAAGUUCCUUGGAAACCAAUUUAUCGAUCUCACUCAGCAAAGUGAUCCAGAAGUGCGAUCUCAACCACCGGUAGUGUCCCAUCCAGAGUUGCUGGAAGAUCAUUGGGUCCAACGAGGGGAUUUGCUGUGCCGUAUCCACAAGUCGGCACGUACGACUGCAUUCAUGCCGGACCAAGAUGACCCAGUCGUAAAGAACUUUCAGUUUGAAGAUUGGAGAGCAACCUAUGUGCAAGACUCGUUGGAGCCAAUCAUACACCAGAUCUUCUCAGAACCACAAACUCAGCGAGUAGAGAUCCGACAGCCACCAUGGACGGGAGAAUCUCAGUUCAAGGUGCGAAAGGUGCGAGAUGCCUUGACUCCCGAGGCUGAUGAUUUGAGAGAAAUCCUGGAAGAGUCUCAUGGUACCAAGAGGAAUCACUCCAGAGAGUCAAGUGUAGAGCCACCGAGUAAGUGCACCAAAACCGAUGCGGUAGACCUGUGCAUGCUGAUCGAAAACUCCUCCCAACCACUGGAGGUGAUGAUGGCUCGGGAGAUUCUUGCUCGUUUUGAGCGUCAGGGCCCUCCUGUGGAGAUGAGUGGUGGAUCAAUGCAUGAUGGCAGCAAACGUUUGCGCGAGACCGACGAGUGGGAUGCCAUCAGCUAUGAAGAUUCCACUGGUGAGUUCAUGGAUCACCUGUCAGGCUUGACCACGACUGGGAAACAGGAUCCAAUUGUGCUGAAGCCCAAGGAUUCCAAGAUCACCUUUCCACCUGGAGUUUCUUCGUUGGCCGACUGGGGGACUACGAUUUGCCGCUUACCGAGGGUGGCAAGUUUGAAUGCCUCAUACGAAGAAUUGACCCGCAUGCCUGAUCAGCAGCCAUACUUGAAAUGGGUGGCUGAACAUGGUGCCUCCCGCGGAGGUCGUUUCGAAGAUUUUUCCUUGUAUUUGAAGGCAACAAAGUUGCCCGCACUUUCCGCCGAGCAGUGUUUUCCAGGCACCUCUGUGCCCCGCGAACGCAAGUCAGAUGUGUGA